AGCAAGCCGCGGCCUUGAGAGAAAGCACGUUUGUGCUUGGUGUGGCUGCUCGGUGUCGGGUGUGGCCGUCGGGAUUUUCGUCUUUGUUUCCCAAUGUGGGGGGUGGAGGUUGGCCACGUGCUCUUCCCUUGCUCUUACCUGGGGCUUACGUUGGCUUUAUCACCUUUCCUGCUUUCUGUGGUGUCAGGGCUUUAACUUUCUUGUCUAUUUAUGUUUUCUUAGGCCCAAGACUUAAGCUGUUGUGCCCGUUUUAUCGUGUUUUGUUUUUAUGCACCCAUUGUCUGCAGCAGAUUAAUUAGGUCCGCUUUUGUAAUUGGUUUCUGUUUUUAUUAUUCAGCAAAGAGUUGGAAAUAGUUUUACCCGGCUUUCUUGUUCUGGUUAUAAGUUGCUCGUUUUAGGUAUAAGGCGACUGAGGCCCGAGGAGGGUAGUUAAGUUACUCAGGGGCUCCCAGCUAAUGAAAGGCAGAGUCUCAACCAAAACCCAGGCCUCCGAACCACCCUGAUGUAGAUCGUUUCGGGCUAAGUGAUGCUGUUUCGUAAUUAACUGUUAAAAAGUAAAAAUUGUUGCUGUCGAGUCGAUUCCAACUCACAGCGACCCUAUAGGACAGAGUGGAACUGUCCCAUAGGGUUUGCAAGGAGUGGCUGGUGGAUUUGAACUGCCGACCUUUCUGUUAGCAGCCCAGCUCUUGACCGCUCCACCAGGGCUCCUGAUCUAUUCCUUCACUGCACCUGUUAUUCCAGGAAAAUGCAGUCCUUUAUCUGGAUUUAAGGAUAAAUUUAUCUCAGAUAUUUCAGUCCGUGCAUUUUCCUUGAAAAUACCUCUUAUGCCCUCCUAGUGCAGUCGUUUCUCUGUUUAUGAAUCUCAAUUUUUUAUUCAAAAAUGAAUCCCAGGGUUCAUUUGCAAAUCGUGGUUUCUAAAAGAUGUGCACUCUAAAAUAUCAACCGUGGUUUUCUUUAUGCAGCGUGUGUUUUUCUUCAGAGUUCCUGCUUCACAGACAACCAUGGCAGCCCGAGUGCUUGUCCUUGGCAAUGGAGGAAGGGAACAUACUCUGGCCUGGAAACUUGCCCAGUCUCAUCAUGUCAAACAAGUGUUGGUCGCCCCAGGAAAUGCAGGCACUGCCUGCUCCGAAAAGAUUUCAAAUGCUGCUCUUUUGUAGGUUAGCUGGUAUUUUCUUCUAGCUGGCUACAGUGAUGGCAGAAAACUGAGCUUCGUUGGUUAGCCCGAUGCUCUCUGUUCUGAAUUUCUCACAGUGAGACUCUAUAACAACAAGACCCUCAGCCAUCUCCGUCAGCGAUCACACCGCCCUUGCUCAGUUCUGCAAAGAUGAGAAAAUAGAAUUCGUGGUUGUUGGACCAGAGGCGCCUCUGGCUGCUGGAGUUGUUGGUAACCUGACAUCUGCAGGUGUGCGAUGCUUUGGCCCCACAGCAGAAGCGGCUCAGUUAGAGUCCAGCAAAAGGUUUGCCAAAGAGUUUAUGGAUCAACAUGGAAUCCCAACUGCAAAAUGGAGAGCUUUCACCAAACCUGAAGAAGCCUGCAGCUUUAUCAUGAGUGCAGACUUCCCUGCAUUGGUUGUGAAGGCCAGUGGUCUCGCUGCUGGGAAAGGGGUGAUCGUUGCAAAGAGCAAAGAAGAGGCCUGCAAAGCCGUCCAAGACAUCAUGCAGGACAAAGCUUUUGGAGCAGCUGGAGAAACAGUUGUCAUUGAAGAGCUUCUCGAAGGAGAAGAGGUGUCUUGCCUGUGUUUCACUGAUGGAAGAACUGUGGCCUCUAUGCCCCCAGCACAGGACCAUAAGCGAUUGCUGGAAGGAGAUCUUGGCCCCAACACGGGGGGCAUGGGAGCCUAUUGCCCAGCACCUCAGGUUUCUAAGGAUUUGUUACUAAAAAUUAAGAAUACUAUUCUUCAGAGGACAGUGGAUGGCAUGCAGCAGGCGGGCACGCCAUACACAGGUGUUUUGUAUGCUGGUAUAAUGCUGACCAAGGAUGGCCCAAAAGUUCUGGAGUUUAAUUGUCGUUUUGGUGACCCAGAGUGCCAAGUAAUUCUCCCACUUCUUAAAAGUGACCUUUAUGAAGUGAUCCAGUCCACCUUGGACGGCCUACUCUGCACAGCUCUGCCCGUUUGGCUGGAACACCGCACCGCCAUCGCUGUCGUCAUGGCAAGCAAAGGUUAUCCUGGAGACUACACCAAGGGUGUGGAGAUCACAGGGUUUCCUGAGGCUCAAGCGUUAGGACUGGAGGUGUUCCAAGCAGGCACUGCCCUGAAGGACGGCAAAGUGGUGACUAACGGGGGUAGAGUCCUCACAGUAACCGCCAUCCGGGAAAAUCUCCCAUCAGCACUUGAAGAGGCCAAGAAGGGAUUGGCUACUAUAAAGUUUGAGGGAGCCGUUUAUAGGAAGGACAUUGGCUAUCGUGCCCUAGCCUUCCUCCAGCAGCCCGGGGGUCUGACUUAUAAGGACUCUGGAGUAGAUAUUGCAGCUGGAGAUAUGCUGGUCAAGAAAAUUAAGCCUUUAGCCAGAGCCACCUCCAGACCGGGCUGUGAAGUUGAUCUUGGAGGUUUUGCUGGUCUUUUUGAUUUGAAAGCAGCCGGUUUCAAAGAUCCUCUCCUGGCCUCUGGAACAGAUGGCGUUGGAACUAAACUAAAGAUUGCCCAGCUGUGCAAUAAACAUGAUACCAUUGGUCAGGAUCUGGUUGCAAUGUGUGUCAAUGAUGUCCUGGCGCAAGGGGCAGAGCCUCUUUUCUUCCUGGACUACUUCUCCUGUGGCAAACUCGAGCUUGAUACGGCAGAAGCUGUUGUCGCUGGCGUCGCUGAAGCUUGCAGAAAAGCUCAAUGUGCCCUCCUUGGAGGUGAAACGGCUGAAAUGCCUGACAUGUACCCUCCCGGAGAGUAUGACCUGGCCGGAUUUGCCGUCGGUGCCAUGGAGCGGGAUCAGAAACUUCCUCACUUGGACAGGAUCACAGAAGGGGAUGUGGUUAUUGGAGUAGCUUCAUCUGGUCUCCACAGCAAUGGGUUUAGCCUUGUGAGAAAAAUUGUGGAAAAAUCUUCCCUCCAGUACUCCUCUCCAGCACCUGAUGGUUGUGGUGACCAGACUUUAGGGCAGUUACUUCUAACUCCCACCAGAAUCUACAGCCAGACACUGUUACCUAUCCUACGUUCGGGACACGUCAAGGCCUUUGCCCAUAUCACUGGAGGAGGGUUGCUAGAAAACAUUCCCAGAAUCCUCCCUCAGAGACUUGGGGUGGACCUAGAUGCUUGGGCCUGGAGGAUCCCUAGGAUCUUCUCGUGGUUGCAGCAGGAAGGGCACCUCACUGAAGAAGAGAUGGCCAGAACGUUUAACUGUGGGAUCGGGGCUGUCCUUGUGGUACCCAAGGACCUGACGGAGCAGAUUCUGAGGGAUAUUCAGCAGCACCAGGAAGAAGCCUGGGUGAUUGGCAGUGUGGUUGCGUGUCAUGCAGAUUCCCCUCGUGUGAAAGUCAAGAAUCUGAUUGAAAGCAUGCAAGUAAAUGGGUCAAUGUUGGAGAAUGGCUCCCUGGAAAAUCAUGGCUCCGUCCAACCGCAAAGGGCGAGAGUGGCUGUUCUGAUAUCUGGAACAGGAUCGAACCUCCAAGCACUCAUUGACAGUACUCGGGCACCAGGCAGCUCCGCAGAUAUUACCGUUGUCAUCUCCAACAAAGCUGCCGUGGCUGGGCUGGACAAAGCCAAGAGAGCUGGUAUUCCCACCAGAGUAAUAAACCAUAAAUUAUACAAAAGUCGUGUAGAAUUUGACAAUGCAAUUGACCAAGUCCUUGAAGAGUUCUCCACAGACAUAGUCUGUCUCGCAGGAUUCAUGAGAAUUUUGUCUGGCCCUUUUGUCAGGAAAUGGAAUGGGAGAAUGCUCAACAUCCACCCGUCCCUGCUCCCUUCUUUUAAGGGUUCCAAUGCCCACGAGCAAGCCCUGGAGGCCGGUGUCACAGUCACUGGCUGCACCGUCCACUUUGUAGCUGAAGAUGUAGACGCUGGACAGAUUAUUUUACAAGAAGCUGUUCCAGUGAAGAGAGGUGACACUGUGGCAACUCUGUCUGAAAGAGUGAAAGUAGCAGAACACAGAAUAUUCCCCACGGCCCUCCAGCUGGUAGCCAGCGGGAUGGUCCAGCUUGGAGAGAAUGGCAAACUCUGUUGGGUCAAAGAGGAAUGACACCUCCUAAUUAUUCAGAAAUGGGGCCAGUUUUGAAAGAAUUGAUGGCUGUUUCUGUGGUGGCUCUUUAUCAUGGACUCAGCCCAGAAGGAAAACUACUAAAAGAGGAUUUUAGCCUUACCUUUUUGGCCAUAUUUUUUGUGAACAGAGGUUCAGUAAAAAUAAGACCAGCAUAGCAGAAGAAGUUGAAAAAACUUGUCUAAAAAACCUGUCAACUUCAUACCCAAUACCACCUUGUGGAAGUCACGUCUAAGAUGUACACUUAUCUACUCCAGUCAUCUUUCAGCCGUCACCUGGCUUGGACCUUCUUGUUUCAUAAUCAGGCUAGUCAUUCAGAGUUCCUUUCACUUUCAGCCAAACAAGACACCAAAAUUCUUGGUCUCUCUUACCCUCUUUAUCUGACCAGUGUCACCUCCGUUUUUAUAAGUUAUAUGUUUCUUCAUCUUUGAAGAGUUAACCGACAAGUCUAAUAAGUUGGUGCCUCUUAGUCAUGUAUAUCUGUACUGAUUUGAAUUGAGACACCCCAGAUUAUCCUGAGCAUAAAAUUUCUAGGUUGCUCCCAUUUCCAAGGCAACGGCCUUUUCCUUUCAUUAUUGACAGUUUCUGUAAUACCUAGAUUUUAGCUUCUAAUCUAAGGAUUAUAAACAUCCAUAUUCUUAUAGGAGCCCUCGUGGCACAGUAGUUUAGAGCUCAGCUGCUAACCAAAAGGUCUGCAGUUCGAAUCCACCAGCCGCUCUUUGGAAACCCUAUGGGGCAGUUCUACUCCGUCUUCUGGAGUUGCUCUGAGUCAGAAUCAGCUCAACAGCAGUGGGUAAUAACUCUUACAAGUAACUAGAGGGCCGAAAGGAGAGUUUGAUGACUUCUAGAUUCAAACGUAGAACUUUAGGCAUGCUCUUCUCUGUCUGUCUCAUUUCCUCAGAGUAGGCAUGUGCCUAUCAUACAGUGGUUUUGAGAAAUAAGUCAUGUCAGAUGCUAAGGACAGUGUUUGCUACAGAGUAGGCACCCAAAGGCUAGCUUGAUAGUCAUAGUUCCAACUGCAGAAGCUAUUGUCAUUUAUUAUGCAGCAAGUACACCUUGAGCAUGAAGUCUGGCAGGGUGAUAAAUGGAUUAUUGAAAGUGAGCUAAGUACUCUUGGGGAGGGUGUGAGCAAGUGAGCAGUCUACCCAGAUGAGCAGCGGGGCUGGGGCAGCAUGCGUUUCCACUCCAGCCAGUCAUUUCCAGUCUGGACGUGCACUUCUGGAACUGGGAGGUCAAGAUGGAAAUGUGUGCAUGGUCUCAGCCAUAAGACACCAAGCUCGGUACUACAUUUCUCUUACCACAGCUGAGUGAACAAGGAACAGCCACCCGACCCAAAGCAGCCAUCAUUAGACUGCUCAGCAGCCUUGGGUGGUGUGUCUUGAAGCCCUGCCCGCCUGGGAGGUACAUGUGGCUGAAGAUUCGUACCUAGAGGACUUGUUCAUACCCUCUUUAGGAGAGGAUUUGGAGUAUAAAUCAGGGAGUUUACACUCAACACAGCAAAGGACUCUUCAGGUAGAACCUUAAGACAGUAAAGAGAAGAAAAUGCAAAGACAUAAAGGAAAAAUUCUGUUUGAUAAACUCAUAUACUAUAGAAAAAAGUAGAGGCUGGUACUAGGAUGGAAAAUUGAAAAAUCAGUGUGAGCUUAUGAGCUUAAAAAGAAUUUUCUGCCUUUCUUUGAUACUAAUCUCCACUGAAAGUAACCUGGACUCAGUGCAAGGCAGGUGGUUCCAUGUCUUGUACGAAUAAUCAAGAUGUCUGGAAUAUCUGGUCGCCAGAAACCAAAGAAAUAACUUGAAAACAGGGCAAUGAACCGGUUCAAACGCCUGCUGAGAAUUUGCCUUUCCACACACACACACCAGAUAUACUGAAUCAGAAUCUACAUUUUAACAGGCUUCCAAAGUGAUUCUUACAUUUUAAGUUCCUGAGAACUUGUUAGAAAUGCAGAUUUUCGGCAGAGGUCUGAACCAGUUUGAAGCCCUGCUUGAAGAUAGCAGGAACGAUACUAAAAGAACAAAGGAGUCAGCUUAAAGGGGUUCCUACUGGCUAGUUUGCCAAGUUGACCAUCAUUUAUUUGGACACGUUGAGUCUGUAAGCAGCCAUUAGUUUGAAUGAUCAGUCAGUCAUUUAAGUUUUGAAGAAAUAUCCACAAUGCAAAAAAAGGGUGAAAAUCUGACAUUAAUAAAUGUGGAUAUUUAUUUUUUAUUACAGGUGUCUCUGUUUCUCCUUGUGUAAGCAGAAGUGAAAUAGAUCACCUGUGAUCGCAGGUGGAAAGGUGGUGGG